AUGCUGGUGAUUUUGCUCAACUGCGUCACCCUCGGCAUGUUCCAGCCCUGCCAGGACCUGGAGUGCCACUCGGACAGAUGCAGCAUUCUGCAGGCGUUUGACGACUUCAUCUUUGCAUUCUUUGCUGUGGAGAUGGUGGUUAAGAUGGUGGCUCUGGGGGUGUUUGGACCAAAGUGUUACCUUGGUGACACGUGGAACCGCCUGGACCUCUUUAUCGUCAUGGCAGGGAUGUUGGAGUACUCUCUCGAUGGACACAACGUCAGUUUCUCUGCGAUCCGAACCGUCCGGGUUCUCAGACCACUUCGAGCCAUCAACAGAGUACCUAGCAUGCGUAUUUUGGUCACCUUGCUAUUGGACACAUUACCAAUGCUGGGAAACGUUUUGCUGCUGUGUUUCUUCGUAUUCUUCAUCUUUGGGAUUGUCGGUGUACAGCUAUGGGCGGGGCUACUCAGGAACCGAUGUUUCCUGGAUGACGACGUGAGGAUGAUGUACAACCUCUCUCAGUCUCUGAGCCCUUAUUACAGAUCAGAAGACUCCGACGACAUCCCCUUUAUCUGUUCAACCAAUCGGGAGAACGGAAUGCUGCGGUGCUCGGGCGUUCCGCCCCGCAGAGUGGGAGGGGUCUACUGCCAGCUCAGCGCUGACAAUAUCACAGACCACACCCCUCAAGAGACCGCCCAAAAUGGGUGUGUCAACUGGAACGCAUAUUAUAACAACUGCAAAGCAAGCGAGCACAAUCCACACAAUGGCGCCAUCAACUUUGACAACAUAGGAUAUGCUUGGAUUGCCAUCUUUCAGGUCAUCACUUUAGAGGGAUGGGUGGAUAUCAUGUACUAUGUCAUGGACGCACAUUCCUUUUACAACUUCAUCUAUUUCAUCUUCCUCAUCAUUGUGGGCUCCUUCUUCAUGAUCAACCUGUGCCUGGUCGUCAUAGCAACUCAGUUUUCGGAAACGAAGCAGCGCGAGAACCAGCUGAUGCGGGAGCAGCGGGCUCGCUUCCGCAGCAACGAGUCGACGCUUGCUAGCUUGACCGAGCCUGGCUCCUGCUACGAAGAAAUGAUCAAGUACCUGAGCCACCUCUGCCGCAAGCUCGGCCGGCAGGUCAGCCGCGUCUACGGCAGGAUACGGCCGUGCCGGCGGACCAAGAGCUCCAGCCCCAGGACCUCAGCGGCAGGAGGGGGCUCCAACAGACACUGGAGCAGCAAGGAGAAAUUUGACCUGACCCGACACCUUAUACACCACCAUCACCACCGGCACCACUGCAACGGCAUGGACGUCGGGACAUUGGAAAUGAAGGCCCUUCAGUUGGGUGGUGAAGGUCAGACCCUCAAACAGACUCCCCCUCUCUCCCUUGCUUUACCCAGCGUAAAGGGUUUGAACUACCCCACCAUCCUGCCCUCUGCACUUUUCACACACUCACGCACAAACCCCGGCUGCGCAAGCGGGGUCAAGACCCCUGCGGCCAGCCACUCACAACACGGCAGGACAGUCCACAGUGGGUUCCACGAGACCUACAACAAAGUGCAGCAUGGUCUGUACCCAGAUGUGUGCUCCAGUGCGUGCGUGGAAGGCGGCGCUGGUCUGGCACCUGGUGAGUUUUCUCCGUGCCCGAUUUGCGCCCCCGAGGGUAGCGGUGUGACCUGCGACUCCGAAAGCGACUCGGACACGGAGAAGCGGAGCUCCAGGGGCGCGGAAGUGAAAAAAUUCAGCUGGGAUGCGGAGCUGAGGGAGAAACCGACUGAGAACUGCUUCGGCGUUUGUGUGCGCUGUGCCAGAGCGGUACUGAAGAGAAUCGUGGACAGCAAGUACUUCAACAGGGGGAUAAUGUUUGCUAUCCUCAUCAAUACACUCAGCAUGGGAGUGGAAUACCACGAACAGCCGGCUGAGCUGACAGAUGUGUUGGAGAUCAGUAAUAUAGUCUUCACCAGCCUGUUUGCCCUAGAGAUGCUGCUGAAGCUGCUGGCCUGCGGUCUAUUUGGCUACAUCAGCAACCCCUACAACAUUUUUGAUUUGAUCAUUGUUAUCAUCAGCGUGUGGGAGAUCAUCGGGCAGGCUGACGGAGGUUUAUCGGUUCUGCGGACGUUCCGUCUCCUGAGGGUUCUGAAACUGGUGCGCUUCAUGCCGGCCCUGCGCAGACAGCUGGUGGUCCUGAUGAAGACCAUGGACAACGUGGCCACUUUCUGCAUGCUGCUCAUGCUCUUCAUCUUCAUCUUCAGUAUCCUGGGGAUGCAUCUGUUUGGGUGUAAGUUCACUCUCCGCUUGGAGAAUGGGGACACGGUCUCUGAUAGGAAGAACUUCGACUCGCUCCUCUGGGCCAUUGUCACCGUGUUCCAGAUAUUGACACAGGAGGACUGGAACGUGGUGUUAUAUAACGGCAUGGCCUCCACGUCUCCAUGGGCAGCCCUGUACUUCGUGGCUCUGAUGACCUUCGGCAAUUAUGUCCUCUUCAACCUGUUGGUGGCCAUUUUGGUGGAGGGCUUCCAGGCUGAGGGAGAUGCUAGCAGGUCAGAGAGUGAAGAUGAUGUUCUAUCCUCUGACUUUGAUGACGAGGACAAAUUGAGAGAACUGUUAAGCUCAGGGACGGACGUGAAAAUGCAGACACUGAUGCCGAUCUCUAACGGUCAUCUGGAGCCCAGAGCAGCGAUGCCCCCCCACAACACACACAUACACCCCAGCGCCACGCCCAGGACUGAAAUCUCCCACAUCGACAUGCAAUCACGACGCAGCAGCAACGCCUCCAACGAGCACCACGACCAGAGAUCGCUGUCCAGUCUCUGGGGAAGCCGCCGCUCCAGCUGGAACAGCCUAGGCCACGCCCCCAGUCUCAAGAGGCGUGGCCAGUCAGGAGAGCGCGAGUCACUCCUGUCAGGUGAGGGCCGGGACAGCUUAGAUGACGACCAGUCAGAGGAGGGGAAGUCCAGCAGGACGGGCAGCCUGGGCGGAGUUUCGCGUCUGGGGUCGUUCGAUAUGCCAGAGCUGCUGCAGGUUCCGCCCCUGUCCCGCCCCUACGUGGAGUGCAACGGCAGAGUGGAUGGGUCCUAUCCUUCUUCUCCAUACAGGCCUCAGCAACAGCUCUCACAUACACACACAGAGGAAGACGAGGAAUUGGAAGAGAGCUGGUGUCUGAUGUUGAAGAGGAUAUUGGAGCCAUAUAAACCCCAGUGGUGCAGAGAUCACGAAGAUUGGUCACUUUAUCUGUUCUCACCUCAAAACGAGUUCCGUGUGCGUUGUCAGAAGGUCAUCACUCAUAAGAUGUUUGAUCACAUUGUCCUGAUCUUCAUCUUCCUCAACUGCAUCACCAUCGCACUAGAGAGACCUGACAUCCAGCCCUACAGCAUGGAGCGUGUCUUCCUCAGCGUGUCUAACUACAUCUUCACUGUGAUCUUCAUAGCUGAGAUGACUGUUAAGGUGGUGGCGAUGGGGAUGUAUGUGGGUCCAGGCUCGUAUCUGCAGAGCAGCUGGAAUGUUCUAGAUGGGCUGCUGGUCUUCGUGUCUAUAGUGGACAUUCUGGUGUCGCUGGCCUCAUCUGGAGGGAACCGCAUUUUGGGAAUCCUGCGCGUGCUGCGUCUCCUCAGAACACUGAGACCUCUCAGAGUUAUAAGCAGAGCUCCAGGACUGAAGCUGGUGGUUGAAACACUGAUAACGUCUCUCCGCCCAAUCGGAAACAUCGUGCUGAUCUGCUGCGCUUUCUUCAUCGUGUUUGGCAUACUGGGGGUCCAGCUCUUUAAGGGAAAGUUUUAUCACUGCGAAGGCUUCGACACCAAAAACAUCACCAACAAGUCGGAGUGUCUGCAAGCGCACUAUCGAUGGGUACGCAGAAAAUACAACUUUGACAAUCUGGGCCAGGCACUGAUGUCACUGUUUGUCCUUUCGUCUAAAGACGGCUGGGUCAACAUCAUGUAUGACGGGUUAGACGCAGUGGCCGUGGACCAACAGCCCAUAAGGAACCAUAACCCCUGGAUGCUGCUGUACUUCAUUUCCUUCCUGCUGAUUGUCAGUUUUUUUGUGCUGAACAUGUUCGUGGGCGUGGUGGUGGAGAACUUCCACAAGUGCCGGCAGGACCAGGAGGAGGAGGAGGCGCGGCUGAGGGAGGAGAAGAGGCAGAGACGCCUGGAGAAGAGGCGCAGGAAGGCCCUUCAGAGACCAUAUUAUGCUGACUACUCUCCCGCUCGUCUCUACAUCCACACUCUCUGCACCAACCACUACCUGGACCUCUUCAUCACCGUUAUCAUCGGCAUCAACGUCCUCACCAUGUCCAUGGAGCACUACAACCAGCCCAAGCGUCUAGAAGAAGCCCUGAAAUACUUCAACUACGGCUUCACGCUGGUCUUUGUGAUUGAGGCCAUCCUGAAACUGGUCGCCUUCGGCUUCAGGAGGUUUUUCAAAGAGAGGUGGAAUCAGCUGGACUUGGCCAUUGUUCUGCUGUCUGUUAUGGGCAUUACCCUUGAGGAGAUUGACCUGAAUGCCUCAUUACCCAUUAACCCAACCAUCAUUCGCAUCAUGAGAGUACUUCGCAUUGCCAGAGUGUUGAAGCUGCUGAAGAUGGCCACAGGAAUGAGAGCAUUGUUGGACACGGUAGUCCAGGCUUUACCCCAGGUUGGGAAUCUGGGUCUCCUCUUCAUGCUGCUCUUCUUCAUUUAUGCCGCUCUGGGAGUGGAGCUCUUUGGAAAACUCGAAUGCUCAGAGGAGAAUCCGUGCGAAGGUUUGAGCAGACACGCUACGUUUGAGAACUUCGGCAUGGCGUUCCUCACCUUGUUCCGAGUCUCUACCGGAGACAACUGGAACGGAAUCAUGAAGGACACUCUGCGGGAGUGUAAGAGCGGAGACCGCUGCUUGAGUUACCUGCCGCUGGUGUCCCCGCUGUACUUUGUGACGUUCGUCCUGGUGGCUCAGUUCGUGCUGGUGAACGUGGUGGUGGCUGUGCUCAUGAAGCAUCUAGAAGAAAGCAACAAAGAGGCGGAGGCAGAGGCAGAGAUGGAGGCGGAACUGCUGGAGGAGCUGCAGGCAGGUCGGCGGCAGAGCACUGCCUCUGUGGGCGGAGUUUCUGGGCCAGAGAGUAAAGCUGUGGCCGUAGGUUCACAGUGUCCUGCACCUGAACAGCGAGAUGACCCUCACAAUGGCAACCUGCUCUCGGUUGGGAAGACUUCCAUAUCAAGGAUGCUGUCUUUGCCCAAUGACAGCUACAUGUUCUACCCCAUUAAGCCUGGACACAGGGCCGCUGAUCAACCCAUCUCCAAACAGCAGUCCAUUGACCGGAGUACUCUAGCAGGCUCUUCUCUCUCGGUGAGCUCUCAGCCGUGUGAACGGGGAUCCCUACUACAGGAUCCAAGGGCAAAACCACAAACAGCCUCUAUCUCUCACUUAGAGUCACUACCCCAGCAUCGCACCAGUAGACACAACUCCCUCAGGAUGCUUCAAAGACAGGAGGCAAUAAAGAGCGAUUCUGUUGAUUCGGCCCACCCCGGCUCCAGAGACAACCUACUUUUGCACUGCUCCGACGACCUUCUGCAUCUCAAAGUGCCCAGCAUUCCCCUGACGGGAGGCUCCGCCCCCUGCACUCCUCAGGCCACGCCCCCUCUCCUCCCUCGCAGCCGGACAGCCAGCGUACAAACGAGCAGACAAGUGUACAGCCAGCGCAGCAUUCCCAGCCGCAAGCCUGCGCACAGCCAACCAACACAAACGCUAACUAUAGACAUGCAUGCGCUAUCCAACACUGACGAGGCUGACGAAGAGGUGCGGCGAAUCAUAUCCUCCGUGCACAGGAAAGACUCCCCCCAGCGGAUCAAACGUAGCCACACCUUAUCCCCUUAUGUCGCAGCCCCUAGCCAAUCACAGAACUCACAGCAGAGUGACAGGGGAGCGCACCAGCAGGGCUCUAGAGGCGGUAACCUGAGGAAAUACUACAGCGUGGACGCGCACGGCCUCCUCACCCAGCCCAGCUGCCCUCGCCGGCACUCGACGCACGGCGAGGAGUUUCAGCAGCAGCCAGCGGCUGAGCAAAGUAGGCCGUCCUGUCAAAUGCGCGGCAGAUCGGCAUCUCCGGCGCCCCGAAAGGAGAAAAUGAGUCCGCCUUGCAUUUCUAUAGACCCGCCCACUGACUCGGAGAUUCCCUCUCCUCCAACCUCCAAUAAGGAGAGCAGCACAGUCCUGAGGAGGCGGGCGCCGUCGUUUGAGUCGGCCCUCACGCAGGAGUCUUUGGAUCUUCCUGAUAGUCCACCAGUCACAAAGCCCCUCCCACCACUAGAACCUCAUUCGGAACCUCGUUCGUCAGGCCGCCUGCCCCUCCCCCAGUUUUCUUUCGACCAAUCGGACGUGAGCUCCCUGAGCAGUCUGUCGGAGCUGCUAUCGGACAGCGACCAGUCCUCACACUCCUUCCCUCUCGAGGCCCAGUCCGAGAGCGUGGGCCCUGUCGGGAGCGGUGUGGCUCGUAGCUCUUUCAGGAAGAGGGGGCUGGUCAGAAUGCUCAGCUCUAGGGAUUCAGCAAACCCAGAUUCUGUUGCCUAG